UUGGAGCUGCAAAAUGGCUUCAUCGUUGGCGGCUCGUCAAGCUGCAAAUCUACUGCGUCUCUCCUCUCCUGGAUCGGCUUCCCACGCCGCUUCCGUUAUCCAGCGCCGUGGUCUAUCUGGCGCCGCCGAUCAUCAUGGACCACCAAAGGUGGCCUUUUGGAAAGAUCCGAUGAGUCCGUCCAGGUGGAAGGAAGAGCAUUUUGUUAUUCUGUCUUUAUCUGGAUGGGGAUUGCUUAUCUUUAGUGGAUAUAAGUUCUUCACCAAAGGCAAGAACAAAGACAAGCAGCAGAAAUUGGCGAAAGCAUAAAACUUAGAGAUUAACGGAGGAAUAAAAAUCUCCUUGUGGCCACGGAGGUUCAAAUGCAGGACUUUGGACUAUCGUAAAGCAUGUGGUCAUCCUGGGAUUAGUCGGCUUGCAUAGUGGGUUGGAUAUCCAGGUUAAUAAAAAAACUUUUUGUCAGAAAGCUAGCUAUCAGCUGAUAAACCAGGUUUUUCCUUGAGGAAGCAACUUUUUCUUAUGUUGGUCAUGUUUAAGGUGAGUUAGAUUAGUGUCUGAUGCGAAUUUUACGCCUUUUUUUUGGUGUAAUACCAUUCA